ACCAGUCCUGGAGCCCAAGGACCCUGGAGCUGGAGCCUCCAGAGCACCCAGGCUGCCAGGUUGAGCCGGCUGGGGACUCAGGAGCCUGGAGGGCCCUGCAGGUGCUGAGCGGACAGUCGGGGACUCAGCCAGGAGGGACAUCAGGCUGGAAGAGGCCUCACGGCCCAUGCCCCUCCCCAGCCCCCUGUCCUGAAGCCGGAAAGAAUCCCUGCUUGGCAUGGGCAGGACAGCGAGAAGCUAGCCCCCUGCCCAGGCUAACACUGACCCCAAGCUGCUCCUCACCUGGACAAGAUGAGAGUGUCAGGUGUGCUUCGCCUCCUGGCCCUCAUCUUUGCCCUGGUCACCACAUGGAUCUUUAUUCGCAGCUAUGUCAGCUUAGACAUGAAAACUAUCCGUCUGCCCCGCUGGCUGGGUUUCAGCAGCGCCAAGAAGAUCCGGGUCGUGAAGACCAAGUGCGGCCUCAGCAAGCCCUGCCCAAACGACUUCUUCGCCUUUAAAAUCAGCAGCGGAGCCGCUAACGUGGUGGGCCCCACCGUGUGCUUCGAAAAUCUUGUGAUCAUGAGUCCCGUGAAAAACAAUGUGGGCAGAGGCCUGAACAUUGCCCUGGUGAAUGGAACCACAGGAAUGGUGCUGACACAGAAGUAUUUCGACAUGUACUCUGGAGAUAUUAAGCUCCUGGAGAAAUUCCUUCAAGAAAUUCCAGAGGGUGCGCUGGUGCUUGUGGCCUCCUAUGAUGACCCAGGAACCAAAAUGAACGAUGAGACCAGGAAGCUCCUCUCCAGCUUGGGCAGUUCCUAUGCAAAGCAGCUGGGCUUCAGAGAUAGCUGGGUCUUCUUAGGAGCCAAAAACCUCAAGGAUAAAAGCCCCUUUGAGCAGUUCUUAAAGAACAACCCAGGCACCAACAAAUACGACGGCUGGCCGGAGCUGCUGGAGCUGGAGGGCUGUGUUCCCCGGAAGGUCUUUUAGGGCGCCGUGGCUCUUCUGGGCCGGGACCCAAGAAGCUCCUGGCUGGCCUAGGGUUGGAGCCCGCCGCGGCGAGGAGGGAGCCAAGGGCCUACGGAAAGUGCCGGGGCCCCCACUGCGCAUCUUCGAAUGCACCCCCUCCCGGGGGCUGAGGCGGCCCACCCCAGGGCCAGCCAUCCGGGUCCUGGAGGCGCCCGUCUGCAGGAAGAACAGGGGUGCUCUCCCUCAAGACGGCUGGCGGCCCUUCCCAAGGAAGGACGGACUGCCCA